AGGAAAUGGAUGAUUAAGACAUGGCAUGGGAGGUGGAUGCAAGAAGUGGAAACUGACGUUCACCAAAUUGACGCAUCAGGUGCAGUGAUGGCAGGAGCAACGAGCCUGAACCUCUGGGGCAUACUAUCGGAAUCGAAACGCAUAAUCGACGCCCACUCUCGCCACUUCCUCGCCCUCUCCGUCAUCUUUCUCCUCCCUCUCUCCUUCUCCAUCAUCGUUUCCCCCUUCCUCUUCCCUCUCUUAUCCCCUCAUCAAUCCCAGAACACACACCUCCAACUCCAUUCCCAAACCCUAACCCUAACCCCCUUCUCCCUUCCCCUCAUCCUCUUCCUCCUCUCCCUCCCCAUCUUCUCCCUCUGCGCCCUCGCCUCCAUCACCCACAGCGUCUUCCACGGCUUCUUCGGCCGCCCCGUCAAACUCCCCUCCGCCCUCCUCUCUAUCCCCCCCUCCCUCCCCCGUCUCAUAGCCACCACCUUCAUCUCCCACCUCAUCCUUCUCUCUCUCUCCCUUCCCCUCCCUUUCCUCCUCCGCCGCCUCUCCUUCGCCUCCCCACUCCUCCUCACCGCCUCAACACUCUUCCUCCUCGCCCUACUCCUCGCCCUGCUCUACCUCCGCGUCUCCUGGUCUCUCGCCCCCGUCAUCGUCGUCGCGGAGUCCACCUGGGGCCUCCAACCUCUCCGCCGAAGCGCCUCUCUCGUUAGCGGAAUGACCCCCGUCGCCUCCUCCUCCUUCCUCUUCUUCGCUUCCCUUCAGGCCCUCCUCCUCUGGACCGCCUUCCUUAUUCGCUCCGACGGCUGGGCCUGGAAAGACUGGGCCUUCAUCACCCAGAUCGUCCUCACCUCCACUCUCCUCAUGAUCCUCAUGCUCUACAGAGCCGCCGCCGACACCGUCCUCUACAUGUACUGCAAGGCCGUUCACGGCGAGCUCGCUGUCGACAUCGCCCAGGAGUUCGCUUGGCAGUACGUUUGCUUGCCGUUCGAUGACGGCAAGGUUCCUCACGUUGUUUCGGUUGUUCAUGUGUAAGGAAUGUAGCUUCCAAGGUUGGUUCAACGUUACUUUUUGUAACAUGGCCAGUGUAUCUUCUCUCUUGCUCCUGUAAAUUUAUGUUACCGUUUAGCAGAGGAUAUGGAACUUGUGGUUGUCAAAUGUAUAUAUUGUAAUUUAGUGUGAAA